AUUUAGGAAUAUACCAUUUUUCGUCCCAAUCUUGUGAAAAGGGCAAAAGAAAGAAGUCGACGCCAUUAUUCCCCAAAUCAAGAAGCGCAAGCGGAGGAAAAAGAAAAAAAAAAAAAGCUGACGAUGCACCUUGCCCAUUUCCCGACAGCUUCCAGUCCAGCAUUUCGUCGUCAUCUCUGAUCGUGUUUGCUUCACUUCGAUCCUCGAACGAUAAUUUCUGGGCGUGGUCGGGUUAUUGGUCAACGCGGAGUCAGAUCUAGAUCUUUUGACGAUUUGGGGGUCUUCUCAUCGUUAUUGGGUUGGAACGAUUUUCAGCUCGGGAGUCUGGAGGAAGCCCCCUGUUUGUGAGCACACCCUUUAUUGAUUCGGAGUUCGAUUCUGCUUUUGUGGUUCUUGUUCUAUCCAGCAUGGCAGAUCUGGGGGUGGGACAUCGUAAUCUCAGAACAGGCGGUUCUUGAAAUAUUUCAGCAUCAGGGAGCUCUAGAUCUUCUUGUUGUUGAGAUAGCAAGCGGUUUGUCAAUAAUUUAGAGGUGGGUUUUGGUUGUUCCGAUCAUUUGGAGGUUGUAGAAUGGAUUUAGAUGACUUUAGGACGGUAUUGGAUAGUUCAGGUGUUGAUGUCUGGACGUUCAUCGACACGGCGAUAACGGUGGCUUCUUCGGACAAUUCAAAUGAGUUGAAGAGAAGGAGGGAUGGGAUUGUGGAGCGCUUAUAUGCAGCCACUUUGUCUUCCAAGUGCAGGAACUGCCAAACUGAUGGUGUGGUGGGUAGGCCUAAUGGGCACAUAGUCAGGAGUCCAGUCCCAGAAGAGAAGGCCAAGGGUGGUGAAGGGAAGGCGAAUUCGCCCUCCACGCCGCAAUCGGCGGACAUGAACGACGAGUUGGACCCGUUUGGGGGUUUGUUCGAUGAUGAGCAGAAAAAGGUUCUCGAAAUUAAGAGGCAUCUCGAGGACCCUGAUCAGCAGUCCGAAGAUUCCCUGGUCGAGUUGCUUCAGAGUCUAGCAGACAUGGACAUUACAUUCCAAGCUCUGGAGGAAACUGAUAUCGGAAGGCAUGUAAACCAGUUCCGGAAGCAUUCCUCGAAUGAUGUUCGGCGACUUGUGAAGCAUCUCGUUAGGAAAUGGAAAGCAAUUGUGGACGAAUGGGUGACUGUGAAUCAGCCUGGAGAAGUUGCCUCCUCCGCACUCUUGGGAGCUGAUGGAGACUCGCCCCAGCAGAAAGUUCCACAGAACGGUUACUCCAAGGUUCCUGAAUUUGGACUCUCUCCAAAUCCUCAGAAUGGAAGUUCUGGCUCAGAGAGAAACUAUUCAGAGCCAGAACCCAAGGCCAAGAUGGUUGUGCGCAAGGAAACUCCGUCUAAACCACACCCACUAGCUUCAGCAUCUGCUUCUGCACAAAAUAGACAGAGGGAACAGAAGGAGAGCAGCUUUGAUGCUGAGAGGCUGGCCUCAGCUAGGAAAAGGCUUCAAGCGAAUUAUAAAGAAGCUGAAAACGCUAAAAAGCAAAGAACGAUUCAAGUGAUGGACAUUCAUGAGAUACCAAAACCCAAGAAUGCCUUCUUUGGAAAGAACAAAGCUGGUGGUUCUCAGGGGAAGCACUGGUGAUCUGAAUGGCAGACAUCACAGAAACAACAAUACAAGCGAGAGAAGCUUUUUUUGCAGGAACUGGGAAAAUUCCUAAACCCCUUUCUUCCUUCAAAAACUUUUUUUGGGUCCUAUAAAUGACAACAUCUUCCUCAUAUUUCUUCCUUUUUCGAGGACCGAAAAAGCCCGAAAACUCUGAUUUAAGGAAGUACAAUUUGCAAUUUGCACUGUGGCUUUCUAAUGAAGUUUGUCCUUAGCCAUCCGUGUUUGGAGAUGGGGGUUUUUUUCUUGAAAAGUUCGAACCUUUCCCACAAAUUUCCUAAACUUUUUGCUGUCGACGGUGGCCUGUUCAAGAGGGUUCGCCGUGUUCUGAGAUUGCUACCAGGCAAAGUUUGUUGGUCAAGUGAAGGUCUUCUUCUCAAUUUUCUUUUUUUCUCUGGAAAAAUACUCCAAGGUCUUGAGUCUAUUAAUCGGUUGUUUUCAUGUAAACGAGGUUUCCUCUCAGUUGUCUUAAAAAAAAAAACUCCUUUUGACCUUAGAACAAGCCAGUUGCUUGCCUUAGGUCCAGAGGAACUGCAUGAUGUCUGGGAAAAAAACAACCCAAGAACUGUAAAAAAAAAAAAAAAAAAAACUGUUGUAGCUCCAAUGUUACGUAGCUUAUACAGUUUCUAUCGUCUCCUUCCCUUA